AUGUCUGCCUCUCUUCCUGGUAGCCGGGACCUCCCUGUGUCCCAGUAUGACUUGAGUACUUACUGGGGUCGUGUUCGCCAUGCUGCCGACCUUUCUGACCCUCGCACGCUGCUCGUCUCCUCCGCGGGCCUGGAGCAGUCAAAGAGUAUUAUCUCUCUAUACAAGCAGAACAAGAUUCCCGCGAUGACUCCAGAACUCUGGCACGCAAAGAAGGUCGUCGAUUCAACACUUCAUCCCGGUAUGGAGCCUGACUGGGAUUGGACAAAGGCUUCUUUUCCGAUCAAUAAUGCCAAUGCCAACAAGUCGACACCCCUUUCGACAUCUCAGAUUGCCAAGUCCUACCUCAUGGCCGUCUCGGCAUCAUGCUCCGUCGCACUAGGAUUAAACGCCCUCGUCCCGCGCCUAAAAAGUAUCUCACCCAACACCCGUCUCAUUCUCUCCCGACUCGUACCAUUCGCUGCCGUCGCCAGCGCUAGUGCCCUGAACGUGUUCCUAAUGCGCGGCGAAGAGAUCCGCCAAGGAAUCGACGUCUACCCCGUUCUCUCUGACGAGGAGCGUUCCAAGCGCGAGGCUGAAAACGCCGAACCAGUCCAAAGCUUAGGAAAGAGCAAGAAAGCCGCUACCCUGGCUGUCGGUGAGACUGCUAUCAGUCGUGUUCUGAACGCCACUCCCAUCAUGGUCCUCCCGCCACUUAUCCUAGUCCGUCUGGAAAAGACCAAGUGGCUAAGCUCUCGCCCUCGUAUGAUCCUUCCCGUCAACUUGGGUCUUGUGUUGACUACUUCUAUCUUUGCUCUGCCUUUGGCUCUGGCUGCUUUCCCUCAGCGCCAGGCUAUCAACUCUGAUAACCUCGAGGAAGAGUUCCGUGGUCGUGGCAUGGUCGAAUUCAAUCGCGGAAUUUGA